AAUCCUCACUGAGCCAGGAGAGUGGUUCUCGGCCGCAAAGACGGAGGCUGUGGGGGCGGCGGUCAGCGACCCAGCCAUGUGCGGCCAGGGCCCUGGGGACAAGAAAGGCCGCUCUCGCUCCCAGCUCCCCCCCGGCUCCACCACCGCCCCCCACGACCCCUCAAGGCCUGGCGACCCCGGGACCCCAGGGGGCCCCGACAUACCCUCGGCACGCUCCCGCAGCGAGCCACCGCGAGACGGCAGCCGAAGGCCGGGCUGGGCGCCUGACCUGAACGGGAAGGCGGGGGGCCGGGGGGGCCGGGGUGGGCGGCGGCCGGGUCAGCCCCCGCUGCAGGCCCAGGUGUCGGUGGACCGUGACCUCCGCGACCCCCGGGAACGAAGGGAGAGCCGGCGUCUGAUGAAGGGACGCUCUCUGGAACACGACCCUGUCGGGGGGUUUGGGGCUGCAGGCGACCCUCGCCGGACAGAGGAGGGGUACCACAUGGACCCCCCCCGCCAUCCUGGUCAGCCUCAAGCAGGGGCACCCCCAGGGGGUAGGAACUCUCUCCUCCCCCAGGGGAGAGGUGGGGGUGUGGGGGUUGGGGGUGAGGGUGGGGUGGGGGACGGUGUGGGGAUCUGGUCUGACAGGCUGGGCCAGAGGACGGCGGUGGGAGGAGUCGGGGGGGCCCAGGAUCACACCUACCGACAACAACAACAGCAGCAUCAACACCACCAGCCUCCCGAACUCAGAGAGCCUCCCGGAUCAGGCUCCGCCCCCGGCAACGCCCCUGGCAACGCCCCGCUCCUACGACGGACCAAACGGGAGAAGGCGGAGAGCAUGCUGCGGAACGAUUCGCUCAGCUCCGACCAAUCGGAGUCCUUGCGACCGCCCCCUCCGCGGCCUUACAAGUCGAAGCGAGGCGGCGGCGGCGGCGGAGGCGGAGGAGGGAAGAGACAGACAUCCGUCAGCAGCUCCGAGGAGGAGGGAGGGACCACGCCCGAGUACAGCAGCUGCGAGGACGCGGAGAUCGAGAGCGUCAGCGAGAGAGGUGACUGGGAGUGCUACCCCCUGGACCCAACUGUAUGGCAUCACCCAGUGACAUGGCAGCCAUCGACAGAAGGUGACCAUCUAAUCGGUCGAAUCACGUUGAGCAAGAGGAGCGCUAUGCCAAAGGAGGCUGGAGCCUUGCUAGGACUCAAGGUGGUAGGGGGGAGGGUCACUGAGACAGGGAGAUUGGGGGCUUUCAUCACCAAAGUCAAGAGAGGCAGCCUGGCUGACGUGGUGGGUCAUCUGCGUGCAGGUGAUGAGGUUCUUCAGUGGAACGGCAAGUUGUUGCCCGGAGCAACGCAGAAAGAAGUUUACAAUAUCAUUUUGGAAUCUCAGACUGAACCUCAAGUGGAACUGGUGGUAUCCAGACCCAUUGGUGAUAUCCCAAGAAUCCCAGACACAUCCCACCCUCCAUUAGAAUCCACAGGAUCCAGUUCAUUCGAGUCCCAGAAGAUGGAACGUCCGUCUAUCUCGGUCAUGUCUCCGUCCAGCCCUACCCUCAGAGACACGCCUCACCUAAUGCCUGGAAGUAUCUCUGUGAAGUUGUGGUAUGACAAGGUGGAUCACCAGCUCAUAGUGAACGUCCUCCAGGCAGUCGACCUGCCCACCAGGCCAGACGGACGACCUAGAAAUCCCUACGUGAAAAUGUACUUCCUGCCAGACCGCAGUGAUAGGAGCAAGCGGAGGACCAAGACGGUUAAAAGGAGCGGCGACCCGAAGUGGCACCAGGGGUUUGUCUACUCGCACGUCCACCGACGAGACUUCAGGAACCACAUGCUGGAGAUGACAGUAUGGGACCAGCCACACGUGCCAGAACAGGACAGCAUGUUCAUGGGAGAGGUUCUGAUAGAGCUGGAAACAGCUCUGCUGGACGACCAGCCCCACUGGUACAAGCUGCAGACCCAUGACUCCUCCUCCAUCCCCCUCCCGCGCCCCUCCCCCUACCUGCCCCGCAGACACGCCCACACCGACACGCCCACCAAGAAGCUCCAACGUUCUCAGCGUGUCGUUGAGUCUGAGAUUGAUGAGGGUACGACAGCAGUGCCUAAAGCUGCAGACGGGCGUGGCCGGGAGCGUCAGAGAGAGCAGCCCAGCACGCUGGAGGUUCCAGAGCAGAGGAGGGGGGCUCACCAUCGCUCCCGCUCUGUGUCUCCCCCCCGGGAGGAGCAGGCACACACACGCUCACGCCCCCCCAACAUCCCUGCCCAGAGGAGUUUGGAUGAUGAGAUGCAUCAUGGUCGCCGGUCUCGUUCGCCCACCCGCUACUGUGACUCCACUAGAGGGUUCCAACAGGAGGAGGAAUACCUGGACGACAGUGAGGUCAUCAUGAUCCACCAAUCAAUGCGGGGCAAAAGUGCCGAGUGCCUACACACCAAAAGUGAUCUACGGCCCUCUCUGGACAGGGUUAGGAGCGCUAGCACCAACUGUCUCACUCCAGACAAUAAUGUUCCCUCACCAGAGCCUGACAGGUUCUCUCAGUCCCUGCCUCGUAGACGUCCAGCCAGCCCCAGGAUUCUAAUCCAGCACGCCUCCCCUGAAGACGACAGGUGGGUGCUGGAUCCUGUGUUUCCUACUCAGGACCUAAUCAAUCACCUCAGUGCAAAGAGGCACCCUCAAACACUGGACACGUCCUCCUGUCAGACUCUGGCCCAGAAACACUCUGACAACAACAGGGGCCACCUCCAAGGUGGUGCGUCUCUCUCUUCCUCCGUGACCUCCUCCUCAGCCCGCAGAGCCCGGCAGCUUCCCCAGGUCCCCGCCAGGAGCAGCAGUGUGGAGCAGGCUCUAGCAGCAGAGGAGCGUGUGGGGAAGCUGCAGAUCAAGGUCCUCCCCUACAGGAGCUCAGGACAGUCCUCCUCAAGCCAGGACCUGCAGAGGGCGCUGAAGGGCAAACGAGAGCUCUAUAAGGAUCAGAAGCAGAGCUGUGAAAAUGUGUCCCACAAGUCUUCGGACAGUGAUGUCAGCGAUGUGUCGGCCAUCUCUCGCACCAGCAGCGCCUCGCGAGUCAGCAGCACCAGCUACAUGUCCAUCCAGUCAGAGAGACCCCGGGCCAAGCACAGCCGGGCGGUGCGUGCGACGGAGAGGAUGAUGAAGAGCACGAGUGUGAGUGGAGAGAUCUACGGCAUGGAGCACACAGACGGCAGCCAAUCAGACACAGCGCUGGGCAUGCUGGGGGGCGGGACCAAAGAGCGGCGCUCCAGCCUCAGCCAACGAGUGGUGGCCAUCGUGGGAAUCCCCUCCAGACGCAGUCGCAGCACCUCCCAGAUCAGCCAGCCAGCGGUGGCGGGUAAGAAGGCGGGCAAGGCUGGCAGCAAGCUGCAGAUCCAGAGAAGCCAGGAGACGGGCAUGGCUGUGGAGUUUCCCCGCUCAGCCAUGAACCGGCAGGCCAGCCGCGAGUCCACUGACGGCAGCAUCAAUAGCUACAGCUCUGAGGGGAAUUUGAUCUUUUCAGGGAUGCGUCUGGGGGCAGACAGCCAGUUCAGCGACUUCCUGGAUGGACUUGGCCCCGCCCAGCUUGUGGGCCGGCAGACUUUGGCCACACCCUCCAUGGGAGACGUCCAGAUAGGAAUGAUGGAUAAGAAAGGUCAGCUGGAGGUGGAGGUGAUCAGGGCGCGUGGCCUUACCUCCAAACCAGGGUCCAAAUCCCUCCCAGCUCCCUAUGUCAAGGUGUAUCUGCUGGAUAACGGAGCGUGCAAAGCCAAAAAGAAGACCAAGAUCGCCCGCAAGACCCUGGAGCCUCUGUACCAGCAACAGCUCCUGUUUGAGGAGAGCCCACAGGGGAAAGUGCUGCAGGUCAUAGUCUGGGGCGACUACGGGCGACUGGACCACAAAUCCUUUAUGGGAGUUGCACAGAUCCUAUUGGAGCAGCUGGACCUCUCCAGCACAGUGAUUGGCUGGUACAAACUGUUUCCCCCCUCCUCAUUGGUGGACCCUACGUUAGCCCCGCUCACUCGGCUGGCUUCCCAGACGUCAUUGGACAGCUCAGGACCACCGCCUGGCGUGCGAUCCUAGUGACUGCUGUGCAACCACACCCCGUACCACAGUGGACCACAGACAACCGGACUGCAUGACCACACACCCUUGACCUAGGGAAAACCAGGACCUUUCCCAUGGAAACAGAGGCAACCAAUGAAAGCCAGACACAAAAAGCGAGAGAGAGAGAGAGAGAGAGAGAGAGAGAGGGCUGGACAGAGGCAAAGACAGAGAAAGUACUACCCAAUCAGAGCUUAGCUGAAGUCUGACAAUCACCUCCCACGCCUCCCUUCUCCUUCCUGCUCUCUCCAUCCCACCUAGCUUCUGUUCUCUCCAUCCCUCCAUCCCUUUGUUCUCCGUCUCUAGGCUGCUGGGGCCUUGCUGUGAGCCCCUCCUCCCCGUCCCUCUCUCCCUCCUCUCCUCCCUCACCUCUCUUCAUCUCCUCCUUUCCUUCACUGGCUGUGUUGUGACCGUUUCAACCGUGAUAGGAAGGGCUUGCAGCCCGCCCUAUCACACGACAGAGUGGAUGUUGACACAGGUGUCCACCAGCCAAUCGGUGGCCAGAACACUGGCAGGCAGUAUGAGAUGGCAAGGGUGUGUGGAGGAGGAAGAGACACCUCAGAUCUGACUGCCUGAUCGUGGCGACGCGUGAUGUCAUCACUUCUCUCCCUGGUCACAUGACAGGGUAGAGGCAGGCGAUGUUGCGCAACCUGUCUGCGGGGGGUUGAUGGGGGGGAGCCUGCGCACGUACGUGCACAUUUUCAGCCUUGUCGGACGAUCAAAACGAGCACAAGAAGCGUCAUUUCGAGGUGGAAGGUUUUCUGCUUUUCCGAAAGAAAAGCCAAUCAGAGGCCGAGUUACGUUUACGUUUGUCUGUUCCGUUGUCUUCAUCUCCGGUUCAUCUUUCUGCCUCUGAGUUCAGAAUGACGCCGUGUGACGCAGGCUCCCUCCCAGUCUGAGUGUGUGGACCCACGGCCGCCCACAGAGGAACAGGUCUGAUCACAUGACCACUCCUUAACCCCGCCCCCACCUCUUAACCCCGCCCCCGUUAGAGGCGGAGCAGCAUGACUCGGGACCCCGGCCCCAAGCUGCAUGCACAGUUUCUUUUUUCUUUUUCUUUUUUGUAAAACAGAGACAAGACAAAAACGAAUUACAGAUAAAAGAAGUGACUAGAGACUAAAUGUGUGUUAGUUCCACAUACUUUUAGGCCAGCUUGUAUGUUGCAUGUAUUUGUACACUUUGCUCGUACUGAAUAUGAAUACAGAGAACAGCCAAGCCAUCUUGACUUCCUGUGGGCGGGGCUUAGGGGGAUAUGCUCCGCCCAGGCCACGCUUCCCUCUCUGGGUAUGAAUAUCUAAUGAGGAAGUCUCCAAAUAAAAUAUGUAUUCUUUCCUUUUUUCUUCUUUUUUUUUUUACCCUUUGGAGAACAUUGCUGUACUGUAGUACUGAGCAAACUCAGGCCCCUUGGUCAUCCCAGGUUGUAAGUGUUAAACUAGUAGUCUAUGACAGCGGGGCUAGAGACAGAGCUAGAGAAUGUGUGUAUAACAGCUAAAUGUAUAUGAAGUAUAAUAUUGAUUUUGACAGAAAUUAUAAAGAUAUAGAUAUAUGAAGUGUAUCAAACUAUACACCUCUCACCGACGCGCACACAUGCACACGUUGUACAUAGGAGUCGGAAUGAAUAGUUUCAAACUAAAGGAAAGGACGGAAGGACGGAAACAUUCCUGGUCUAGUUCACUGGGAUUCGGCUCCCUGGUCUGUUCAAGCUGCUGAGCGGCUACAGGCCACAGGGGGGCGCCAACAACGGGCCUUUCAGUUAUUUCCUCUAACCGACAAAACAAAAAGGAAACAUAGCAAAUUGGAAACAACCGCUUUUGUUUUUAUUUCACCUAAAUGUCCUUCUUUGUCAUGGUUUGGACUGAACUUCAAAAGCCCGUGAAAUGUUCUCUCUGACGUUUUUCAGUUAACCCUUUGCGUAGAGUGGCCGACUGCGCUUUCCUUUGUCAGUAUUACACCAGGAAUACUGAUUGUUUACAGUCCAUGGCUUCCCACUACAAAAACACGACCUUGGAAGAAGUAUUCACUGCAACAGUUGUUGUUUGUAUAACAGAUGUGGCUCUACUGACGUGUAUGUUUUAUAUUCAAGAGUUCAUUUUUAUUAUUUACAAAUAAAAGACUGUGUGGAAGAAAAUGGA